AUGAGGGUGAUGACCACAUCCAGCCCAAGUUCCCGUUCCUGAUUUGUUCAUAGAUCCAGCAUCCAAACAGGGGAGGAGCGGGGUACUGAGAGAAUAUCCAAUAGAGAAGCAGAAUAUAUUUUCGGAAUGAAUGAGCAGUCCCUGAGCAGCAGAGAGACCAGCUUUCUCAUCAGUGAAGAACCAGCGUCUGCAAAGCGAUACAAUUUGUUCCUGAAGCGACGUCUUUUGUUUAAAAAAGAUGAACAAAGCAAAGAUUCUAUCUUCUUCCGAGAUGGGAUUAGGCAAAUUGAUUUUGUGCUCUCCUAUGUUGAUGAUUUAAAGAAAGAAGCAGACCCCAAGGCGGAAAGGAGAAAAGAAUUUGAACAAAAUCUCAGAAAAACAGGUCUUGAGUUGGAAAUUGAAGACAAAAGGAACUCUGAAGAUGGAAAGACGUAUUUUGUCAAGAUCCAUGCCCCUUGGGAGGUCCUAGUUACUUAUGCUGAAGUGUUGGGAAUCAAGAUGCCUAUUAAGGAGAGCGAUAUUCCUCUGCCCGAGAAUAUCCCAUUCAGCUGUAUGCUUGAGCCUCUGAAGCUCCCAAAGAAUGUGAAGCACCCUCAUCCUGAAUAUUUCACUGCCCAAUUCACCAGACAUCGGCAGGAACUCUUCCUCAUUGAAGACAAAUCAAGCUUCUUUCCGUCCUCAUCAAGAAACAGAAUUGUUUAUUAUAUUCUCUCACGGUGCCCUUUUGGCGUAGAAGAGGGGAAGAAAAAGUUUGGGAUUGAAAGACUGCUAACUUCUAAUACCUAUUCAUCUGCCUAUCCACUCCAUGAUGGUCAAUAUUGGAAGCCAUCAGAACCUCCUAACCCUGUCAACGAGAGGUACACACUUUGCCAGAAUUGGGCUCGGUUUUCCUAUUUUUACAAGGAGCAGCCUUUAGAUUUGAUUAGGGAUUAUUAUGGAGAAAAGAUUGGCAUGUAUUUUGUCUUUCUUGGAUUUUACACGGAAAUGCUGUCCUUUGCGGCUGUCGUUGGCUUAGCUUGUUUCAUUUACGGCUUAUUAUCAAUGGAUACUAACUCAAGCAGCACUGAAAUCUGUGACCCUAAGAUUGGAGGGCAGAUUAUCAUGUGCCCGCUCUGUGAUCUAGUGUGUGAUUAUUGGAGACUAAAUACUACGUGUUUGGCUUCAAAGAUCUCACAUUUGUUUGAUAACGAGUCCACAGUGUUCUUUGCAAUAUUCAUGGGAAUUUGGGUCACAUUGUUUUUGGAGUUUUGGAAACAGCGACAAGCCAGAAUGGAAUAUGAGUGGGACCUGGUGGACUUUGAAGAGGAACAGCAGCAGCUUCAGCUGAGACCUGAAUUUGAAGCUAUGUGUAAACACAGGAAAAUAAAUGCAGUAACUAAGGAGAUGGAACCUUAUAUGCCUCUAUAUAGUCGCCUUCCAUGGUACUUUUUAUCAGGAGCUACGGUGACGUUAUGGAUGGCUCUUGUCAUUGCCUGUAUGGUAGCUGUGAUUGUGUACCGCCUGUCAGUCUUUGCUACAUUUGCUAGCUUUAUGGAAAGUGAAGCAUCCUUUAAGCAUGUCAAAAGUUUCCUCACUCCCCAGAUAACUACAUCACUCAGUGGAUCCUGCUUAAACUUUAUCGUCAUCUUGAUCUUGAAUUUCUUUUAUGAAAAGAUAUCUGCGUGGAUUACAAAAAUGGAAAUUCCUCGAACUUACCAGGAAUAUGAGAGCAGUCUUACCUUGAAAAUGUUCCUGUUUCAGUUUGUAAAUUUUUACUCGUCCUGCUUCUACGUAGCUUUCUUUAAAGGGAAGUUCGUGGGCUAUCCCGGAAAAUACACGUAUUUGUUUAAUGUGUGGAGAAGUGAAGAGUGUGAUCCUGGAGGCUGUCUAAUAGAAUUGACGACCCAGUUGACCAUCAUAAUGACUGGGAAACAGAUCUUUGGAAACAUUAAAGAAGCCAUUUAUCCUAUGGUUCUGAAUUGGUGGAGACGUCGAAAAGCUCGGACCAAUUCCGAAAAGCUAUACAGUCGAUGGGAGCAGGAUCAUGACCUUGAAACUUUUGGAUCUCUUGGGCUGUUCUAUGAGUACUUAGAAACAGUUAUCCAAUUUGGAUUUGUCACAUUAUUUGUGGCCUCUUUUCCUUUGGCUCCUCUUCUUGCUCUCUUGAAUAAUAUUAUAGAGAUCCGAGUAGAUGCCUGGAAACUUACAACUCAGUACAGGAGACCGGUAGCUGCUAAAGCUCAUAGCAUAGGUGUUUGGCAAGACAUUCUUUAUGGAAUGGCUGUCCUUUCUGUUGCAACUAAUGCUUUUAUUGUUGCAUUUACCUCGGACAUCAUUCCCCGUUUAGUUUACUACUAUGCCUACUCAAAGGAUGCCACUGCACCCAUGAAAGGAUAUGUCAAUGACAGCCUGUCAACAUUCCUGAUAGCUGAUUUUCCAAACCACACUGCACCUUGGGAGAAACGAGACUUCACCACUUGCAGGUACAGGGAUUACAGAUAUCCACCUGAUCAUGACCAGAAAUAUUUUCAUAAUAUGCAGUACUGGCACGUCCUUGCUGCCAAGAUGACUUUCAUCAUUGUUAUGGAACACGUUGUGUUUUUAGUUAAAUUUUUGUUGGCCUGGAUGAUUCCUGAUGUUCCAAAAGAUGUUCUGGAGAGAAUCAAGAGAGAAAAGUUAAUGACUAUCAAGAUUCUCCAUGACUUUGAGCUUAACAAAUUAAAAGAGAACUUGAGAGCUAAUUCAAGUGAACUUGCCAAAGAAGUCCUGAUUCAGGAAAACAAAACACAACUGGCUAAAUCAACAGUCUAA